UCCAAAUGAGCAAUAUGCUCAGAGAAGAGCUUGACCUCACCAAUGUCAAUGAAUUCUUUUGGACUGACUCAAAGGUGGUCUUGGGUUACAUCAAUAACGACGCCCGUCGUUUUCAUACGUUUGUAUCCAACAGAGUCCAAAAAAUACGCCAAAGCACAGCACCCAAACAAUGGCAAUACGUCCCAACAGAUGAUAACCCAGCAGACAAUGCUUCAAGAGGAAGAACAAUAAAUGAAUUGCUCUCGUCCAACUGGUUCUCAGGUCCUUCAUUCCUGUGGAAGAAAGAAAUAGAGACCUCAAAUGUUGUACCGGAGCUUCCAAUAGGAGAUCCAGAAGUUAAAAAGAUCCAGACGUUUCAAACAGAAACCACAGAAAGUAAAGAUCUUGUAGACCAUUUGUCAAAGUUCUCAUCUUGGUCUAAUGCUGUCAAAGCUAUUGCACGCCUUGUGAGACGGAUUAAGAAGGAUAAAACUAAUGCGCCAGCUUCUGUAGGUGAACAGGAACAUGCAAAAGGCUUGAUUCUAAAAGGAGUUCAAAAACAAGCAUAUCAGAAAGAAAUGGAUGUCCUGAGUCAAGGAAAACAACUUCCAGGUUAUAAUAAACUUCAUCACCUGGACGCCUUCAUAGGCCUUCAUGGUAUGAUCAAGGUGGGAGGAAGACUUAUCCACUCAUCAUGCACUCACUCGUUCAAGCACCCACUGAUCCUUCCUAAAGAUCAUCAUGUAACAAAGUUGAUUAUUGCACACUAUCAUGAAAGUGUAAAGCAUCAAGGAAAGGGUUUCACAAUUAAUGCAAUCAGAUCUUCUGGCUAUUGGAUACCUGGAAUAAACAGAGCUGUCACAUCUUACAUUCGCAACUGUGUACCUUGUAGAAGGUUGAGAAAACCUGUGGAAGGCCAGCGGAUGAGUGAUCUUCCCACAGAACGUGUAGAGCCUUCCCCACCGUUUGUGUAUUGUGGUAUGGAUUGCUUUGGUCCAUUCAUGACUAAAGAAGGAAGAAAACAGCACAAAAGGUAUGGUCUGCUUCUAACUUGCUUUUGUUCAAGAGCCAUUCAUAUAGAAAUGUUAGAAGAUAUGUCCACAGAUGCUUUCAUCAACAGUUUGCGAUGCUUUAUUGCAAUUCGAGGCACAGUACGACAGAUCAGAUGUGACCAAGGUACCAAUUUCGUUGGCGCAAAAAACGAACUGAACUCAGCAUUACAGCAGCUUGACCCAGAAAGGCUCACCGCUUUCCUUGCAGAUAAACAGUGUGAUUUUGUAAUGAAUCCCCCUCAUUCCAGUCAUGCAGGUGGUGUAUGGGAGCGUCAAAUCAAAACUGUACGGAGUGUUCUUAAUGCUACAGUUUCCCUCUCAUCAGGCAGGCUUAACGAUGCUUCACUGCGCACUUUAUUUUAUGAAGCCAUGGCGAUAGUCAACAGCCGCCCCCUUACAGUGGAUAACCUGAACGACCCCAAGAGCUUAGAACCACUCACACCUAACCAUCUGAUUACCAUGAAAGCCACCACGGUCCUACCACCACCAGGAAAGUUCAUAAGAGAAGACAUCUACGGGAGAAAGAGAUGGAGACAGGUGCAGUACCUUACUGAACAGUUUUGGAGUAGAUGGAAAAAAGAGUAUCUCCACAACAUUACGGCUAGACAAUGCUGGCAUGCUCCAAAAAGGAAUUUGCAGAUUGGUGAUGUGGUCAUGGAUACAGAUGAGAACCUUCCAAGAAAUGAGUGGAGACUAGGACGGGUCAUAGACACUGUAACUAGCCAAGAUGGACUAGUAAGGAAAGUCACAAUAGCACUCGGUGACAAAAAACUAAACAAAAAAGGAGAACGGGUAAACAAGGUCUCAGUCGUAGAGAGACCAGCUCAGAAGUUGGUCUUAUUAUUGGAAGCGGAGUGAACAAAUCUUCAAAAGGACUUUGCUUUACACACAUGCACACAAAAUGGUUAUUAUAAGUUAAAAUUACUUAUGUUUGAAAAUUAUGCAUGUCAAAAUAGCAUUUAUAAUUUGGUGGGAGUGUAACAGACUUUCUGUGAGUUUAAAUGGGUUUAAGAAAUGCAUUAUCUGUCUUACUAAAGAGGGACUUUUAUUUUGACGGGUGUUGUAGUCUACAGGGAAGGAAAGGGAGAGCAGGCAGUUCAAGUUCAUCAGAGUUGUGUCGCAGAUAACGUUUGCAACUUUAAGCACCCCCCGAAAAUGCAUAAGCUCUUACGGUGAUUCUUGGAGUCUUACGGUGAUUUUUGAGUGAAAACGGACUCAAUAAACUUCAUUAACAUCAGUAAAGCUUGGGCCAUCAUUCGGGCGGGGUCUGCUACA